GUUUUUUUCUUGCUCGCGUAUAAAUAUGUUGGGAAAAGUUUGUGAAGCCAUCAGUCAGAUUUGAACAUCUACUAGUGUUACAAUUCCUACGUUUAAACAGUUGAAGAAUGAAGGCUUUUGUAGUGUUUGCUAUGGCUGUGGCCAUCGUGGCCGGUGCUGCCGUGGAAAAGAAGGAAGCAGAGAAAUCUGCCGCUCCAGCGGAAGGCGAGAAGAAGCAGGACAAGCGAGGCCUGUGGGAUUUGGGAUACGGAUACGAUUCGCACGGUUGGGAUGCAUCACCGAAACUGUCGCAUGGAUGGGAUGAGCCUCAUAUUACCACCAUCAUCAAGAAGGAACACGUUCCAGUGCCAUAUGAAGUUGAGAAACAUGUCCCGUACCCGGUGAAGGUCCCUUAUCCAGUGACCGUCGAGAAACACGUGCCAGUCGUGGUUGAGAAGAAGGUUCCAGUUUACGUCGAGAAACCAGUUGCUUACCCAGUCAAGGUUCCAGUCAAGGUUAAGGAAUACAUCGAAGUCCCCAAGCCAUACCCAGUGCACAUCGAGAAACCGUACCCAGUCAUCGUGAAGAAGCCAGUGGUUGUCGAGAAGCAUGUGCCAGUCUAUGUCAAAUCCCACGGUUGGGAACCGCAUAGCCACUCGUACUCCGAGAUCCACUCAUACCAUUAAACUAUAAGACUGGCUCUAGCCCACAGGCUAACCUAGGCUAACCAAUAAACUCCCAAAAAAUGUUUAUUAAUCCCAUAAAAUCAAGCUCAAGCUAUUCCUAUAUUGUGAUCUUCAUGUAUUUCAUCGCUUCUAGCCCGCGCAAGUCACUCGAUUUACGAUGUGCUGUUUUACGUCACCGUUUCAUAUCGAUACUCGACUUGUUACAAUUGCUGGAGAGAAUACUCAACUUUUCGUCUCGUAGAAAAGCACAUAGCUCUCGUAAGCUACAAACCGAUCAUUUUUUCAACUUGUUGACCAAUGUAAAUAAAUUAUUUUACUUUGCCUACAUUUUGUAGGCAAAAUGUAAUAAAAAAGAAUAAAAAAAGGCUGAAAACUGAAAA